CUGUCAGAAUGAACUCAGCACUUGGGGACAAUUUAUUUAAGUACUUUCCAGCUUAUUAGCUUUUUCUUUCCCCUGUUCUGUCUGCUAAUGAAACCGUCCUUUUCACCGAAAACGAAAGUGACUCCUAACUCUCUCUCUCUCUCUCUCUCUCUCUCUCUCUCUCUCUCUCUCUCUCUCUCUCUCUCUCUCUCCCCGUCUCCCCUUGUGCCGGUUUUUAUUUGUCUCACUGGUCAAUAUGUAGCACGGAUAUCCAAGACUUUCCUCAUUUAUUCAGCCACAGAUUUUGACACUCUAUCGUCUCGUUAUGGAGAGUCGUGCAGGAGCGAACAUGCAGCAGAACGACGAGAAAAGUAUAGAGAAACUCAUGGACGAGCACCUGAGAGCGAACGGUCUCUGCCGCAAGAAGAUAGCCAAAGACGGCUCGUGUUUGUUCCGAGCCGUGGCUGAGCAGGUGCUACACUGUCAGGGUCUGCACACCAGGGUUCGGGCCGAGUGUGUGAAAUACCUCAGACAGAAACGGGACGUGUAUGAGUCGUUCAUCGAAGGGGAUUUUGAGGAAUACCUGCACAAGCUUCAGGAUCCUCAGAGCUGGGUUGGACAAGUGGAAAUAAGUGCCCUGGCUGUUCUUUAUAAGCAUGAUUUCCUGAUUUACCAGCAGCCUGGAGAGCCUCCAGUGAACAUCACAGAGAACGGUUACCCUAAUAAGGUGUUGCUCUGCUUCCUGAACGGGAACCAUUACGACAGCGUUUACCCAAUACCAACUGUCAAAAAUGCUGCCUUGUGCCAGUCGAUCCUGUACGAGAUGCUGUACGAGCGUGUGUACGGGGUGGACCAGAGCGUGUUAACAUCAAGUCUGAAGACAUCCAAAGUAAAGAAUGAGACCGUGGAGACAGAGCAGUGCGAGAGCAGCGGGGACUCGGACCUGAACGACGGAGAUGAUUUCUGGUCCAGUGAAGCUACAGGCAGGACAGCUGGUGUGAACAACAGGACAGCUUACAAGGGCCGUGGGCGUGGCCAAACCAGAGGAGCAGGGCGUGGCUCACUGCAUCGUAAGGUGCAGGAAUCCCUGAACCCCACCUUUUACAGGAACGUGGAGUACGACGUGUGGAUGCACUCUAAACGAGUUCAGCAGAGGAGGGAUUUCUGCAUGGCAGCCGGGAUGCAUUACAAGGCUGGAGACAAGUGUCAGGUACGGUUGAACACCACUGAUCGAUUCUACAGUGCCUACAUUCAGGAUGUCAGCCCUGAUGACGGACCUGUCACUGUCUUCAUCGAGGAACUUGGAGAGAAACACACUGUUCCCCUCUGGAAUCUCCGCACUUCUUCAGAAGAUUCCUGGUCUAAGGUGACGGAGAAAAGCAAAAAACAAACUACAUCCAGCAACAACGGGCCCACAGAGCACGAGACCAGACCUGGAAGGAAGCCCAUGAGGUCAAUUUCACAUGGUAAUACUGCAACCUCAGGCUCCGCCCCUAGCAACCGCAUACAACAUCAGCAUUCAUGGCCCCCGAAGAUCAGCGCAGAGCCUCAAUCAAUAGAAAAGAACGAUAGCAGCAGGAGGAGUGAUCAGGGCACGGGUAGUACGUGUGUGUCACCCGUAGAGAAAGACGAACACGCACUGCUGGAGAUCCUGAACAAAGACGAGGAGAAUUUCCCGACACUCGAAGCCAGCUCGCAGGCUGCCAAUGCCGAGAGGAGUCGAAGAGCUGAGAAGAAAGGCUCACGUAAGAAAGCUCCUGCAGAUACCAAAGAGCAACCUCUGACCCCUGUUCCCAAAGAAGAAAGAGGAAAACAGUCAAAGAAAGCGUCAGUGGACGAAGACCAAAGAACAACUCCUCCCCCCAAAGAGGAUCUUAACCCUUCACCCGCUACAACCUUAUCUGCCACUUCAGCUUCAAAGUCCUCAAAAGCUGCCCCUUCAUCCACAGCAGCUGCACGAGUUCCCUACAAAGCAUCAUCUUUGUCUGCUCGCAUUUCUUCCGUUAAUUCUAAGUCUGAUUCUGGUUUAUCUACAAAAUCCCCAGAUUCUUUACAGACUACCACUGUACAGUCUCAAACUGGCCCUUUAAGACCGGGGGCUUUUUUACAAACUACCCCCAUUCAGUCUCAACCUGCUCCUGUGUCAUCCACAGGACACCAGGAUUCUAUCCAGACUACCCCCAAUCAGUGUCAAACUGCUCAUGCUCCAUCUUCCAGACCCACAGUUGAAGCUCAAGCUGCCCUUGACACAUCUAAAGUGGUCCCGUUAUCUUCUAAGACUACCCUCGCUCAACCACAAACUCUCCCUGCUCUUGUCACACCUACAUCUUCCCCAGUAUCCUCCCCGUGUACUCCAACUCUUUGUUUAACUGGCCCCAACCCCACCCCUGUGACGACUCCUUCAUUUCCCCAGAACACUUCUCAAACAAUUCAAUCUCAAGUCUCAGAUCUGACUCCCACAAUAACUACCCCUGUGCCCCUGGACCAUGUUCCAGAAGCUACCACCACUAGUACUAUUCUUUCCCAAACGACCACAAUACCCUUAUCUCCAGACAAACCUCCCCCGAACACUGUAUCUACUCAAUUAUUUACCCCUUCCUCCUCUCAAACUGCUCCUGCACCCACUCCUGCCCUUUCCCAAACUACCUCAGCAAGUCCUGUCUCUGCCCCAUCUCAGAUUACUUCUGCUGCUCAAGUCCCUGUUUCAACAGAUCUUUCUGCCACCUCAAAAUCGCAACCUUAUUCAGCUGGUGUACACAUUCCUGUUCAUGCCCCCCAUUCUAUCACUCCUCCCGCUCUACCAACCCCUUUACCUGCCCCCCCUUACCCUGUCGGGUUUGGUACUCCUCUGCCGUAUCCACCAUACCCCCCAUAUCCUGCCUGUGUGCCAUCUUUAUCUCCAAAAGCAUCCGCUCACAUGACCGAUCCCUGUCUUCCUCCCGCUGUCCCAACUCCACCUUUCUCUCAUUCUGCUGAUUCCUACCUGUACGAACAUCCAGUCCCAACCGCUGCAGCAGGUGCCGGAAGCCCCUUGUUGCCCGAUGCCCCACCACAGCACUCCGUCACACUCGCGCAGCUCUGCCAAGACAUGCUUUACCCCGGUUUUCCUCAGAACGAAAACGACGAAUAUGUUCAGCUCCCAUCGUUUUCCCAGCACAGGAGCGGAAAAGACCUGCCGACAGACGCGAGGGUCCUUAGAUUCUUCUAUAACCUUGGACUUAAGGCCUACUUGUAUCAGAUGUUGCCCCCAGUUACCUACCUGGCACCACUGGUUCAGGCCUACCACCACAUGCAGCUUAAAGUCUCUCCUUCUCCUGUAUCCUGGCAACCAGACAACAACUCUAGACCAAUUUUUUCCUCCCCCAACCCUUCCCUAGCUAUGAGCACCCCCGUCAGUCAUUUUGAUGUAAGGGGUGUGGUUCGAACCCCUUCUCCAAUGGAAGGUGGGGUGUUCAGCCAUCCUCCACUGCCUCUACAGAUGCCGUUGCCUCUUGCCUCCCACCCCAAUGUCUAUGCAAGUAUGUGUCCAGUUCCCCCCACUUGUCCACCGCUACAGUAUUCUGCCCCUCCACCCUCUAUAGGGCCUCAGCAUCUCCCUGUAUCCCCUCCCCAACCAUAUAGGAUGGAUAACCCCAUGACGACAGCGGCACCAAUAACGGAAGGAGCUCAGGGGGAUCGAAGGUCUUUGACUCCACAAGCAGAAAAAACAUUUUGGGCCGGUCAACAACAUUCGGAGGGUGGAGACGUCAAGCGAGGGGCUGUCCCUGUUACCAUGGAGAUACAGCACAGUAGUGGACCUCAAGCAGGUGUGAGUGGAGCGGAGCUAAAUUCUGUGAUGUUGGCCAAUGGGAACAGACAAGCAAAGGGAGGAGGUUUCUCAGGAUCCUCACUGGAAAAUUAUGAGCGAGAGCAGGAGGAGCUCAGUGACACAGACGUCAUAACAAGGCAGAGCUACCAAAGUCAGUCGUACAAAUCCGGAAGUAGGCGUGGCCAGGAUGACAGAGGAGGGUUCAGGGGGCGUGGCUCGCGUGGAAGAAGAGAGACAGGAUGGGUAAGACAUGACGGGCAAUUGCCUUACAGAGGAUCUGGUGGCAGGAACAGAGGACGAGGCUACAAUAACACCAGAGCAACAGGAUACCCAAGCAGGCAGUUGGCACCUGCACCCGAAAGCUGACAAUCGCUCGUUUCUUUUGCUAUCAGUUCUCUCGGAUUUUGGGAACCUGUUCAUUUUUAAAAUUUUCCUUUACUAAUUUAAAAUGAUUUCGCCACUUCGUCUUCCCAGACUGGCAAGUCCACGCUGUAUCGACAUGUUUGUUUGUUUAUAUUAAAGGUAAUAAAAGUGGUGGAAUAGGAAAAGGAACGCCUUUUAGGAGAACGCUAAAUAUGCACCUUUAUCUCUCAGCUGAAUGUCCCUGAUUUCGCACUGUACAUUUAUCUCACUUAGGAUUUGUAAUGAUCGAAGCUGCACGUGAAUCUCGCUAAUGAGCUUUUGUUUACUGUUUGUUUCAGCCUUAUAGGUGAGCUCAUGGGCUAUUUCGAUCAGUCGUGUAAAAGGAAAUUAGCAUAACUCCAAGAUCCUGCUUGGAGUCUGUUCACUUACACGGUUCGGUGUCUGAGUUACACCGAACCGUAUAACUGAACACCGGAACGUUACGAAGGCCGUCGUCUAGAACAACCAGCUUCACGCCUUCUAAAGAUGUUUUGUCUAAAUUUGUUCUUUCGCCCGAAUGUUCAGGACAUCUGAAUAGAGUUUCCGCUUUUCCAAUUUGCAUUUGUGUCGUUCUGAAUUACUCCUUCACAACAACGAUUUGCCACCUCCAAAUGUUGUCCGUCGACUAAGCCAAGAUCCCACAUUGUUUCUUUGAAGAAAAGCAUCUUAUGCUGAAUUCCCUCUAGAACCAUAAAAACCCAGUAUCCGCUUACUAACGUCUAAAUAGCUCUUUAGAUUAGAUUUAUGGUCAUCAGUGAUGCACAUGUUAAUAAGGUUUGAUGUAACUUGGGUGAUGAAGCAGUUGUUGGUCUUCACUGUAGUUUAGGAUGCAGGAGAAUACGAGCUGCUGUGUUAAGCCACAGUUAGUCAGACGUCUCGUGUACCGGUCAAUACGAUCGUACACGUUACGCUUACAUGAAAUAUUUAUUUCCUGUAUCUUCAAACAUGAACUAAACCGAACACUGGAACGUUACGAGGGCCGUCGUCUGGAACGACCAGCUUCACGCCUUCUAAAAGACUUUUGUCUAAAUUCGUUCUUUCGCCCGAAUGUUAAAGACAUCUGAACAGAGUUUACGCUUUUCCGGUUUGUAUUAGUAUUUGUGAGUGAAUUUUAACGCUAUUGUCUGUACACUGUAGUCGUCUGCCACCUUACGAUGCACUUUCGUUCCCGAGCCUGUCGGACUUCAAUCCGUGUGACGAUGCUGAGGUCUGAAUUAAAGCCUGACGACAGCAUCUCUCUCUCAUCUGCUGAAAGUUUGAUGUUCAGUCAGUUCUCGUGUAGUGCCUUAGACUUUAUUUGAGUUCUUCGGUUCUCGUUUGUUUGUUAACGCACUUGUGAUGUUGUGUGCCUUCGAAACAAUGUGUUUGAGCUUUUUUUUUUUUUUAAAUCGAGUGCCUAUUUAUCACAACCAAAGAUGCAACUGGAUGCAAUUUUGAUACAAAACAUUAAUAAAGAGAUGUCUGCUUUUCUCAGAG